AUCUUCAAUUGUGUGUAAAAGUUUCUACGCUUUAGACUUGUUAUUAUUUCAAUCAUUAGAGUUCUGUUUCAGAGUUUAGUUAUUUUACGAAGUUGUCUUAUCAAGAGUGCUUUAACCACUCACUAUUUCAAUUUUUUAAACGUCAACAUUGUGAUUAGAAAGUUACUUGAGUUUUUAUCUAAAUCAAUAGAAUUAAAUUCACAUUAUGUCUUCUUCAAGCAUUGAUUUAAACGCUUGCUAUGAUCUGGUUAUGCAACUUGUUAGUCAAUCAGGCGAGAUCGUAGCAGCACGAAAUUCCCAGCGGAAAACUGUUCAAAUUAAAUCCCAUCCCACUGAUUUUGUGACUGAAACUGAUCAGCAAAUAGAAAAACUUCUAAUUGAUGGAAUCAGAAAGAAAUUUCCUGAUCAUAAAUUCAUUGGAGAAGAAGAGUCAAGUGAAGGAAAGAAAGUUCAAUUGACGGAAGCUCCGACAUGGAUUAUCGAUCCUAUUGAUGGCACAAUGAAUUUCGUUCAUAGUUUUCCUCAUUCAGCAAUAUCAAUAGCUUUGUUAGUAAAUAAAGUAACUGAAAUUGGAAUUGUAUAUAAUCCAGUUCUUGAACAAAAGUUUACUGCACGUCGAGGACAAGGAGCUUUUUAUAAUGGAAAGCGAAUUCACGUUUCCGAUGAAACAGAUAUAACAAAAGCUUUAAUUAUGAUUGAAUUUGGUACAAAUCGAGAAAGUGAUAAAGUCAAAGUUGUUAUGGAGAAUCUCAACCUGCUUGUUCGAAAGUGUCAUGGGAUGCGUUGUCUUGGUGGAGCUGUUUUAAACAUUUGUAUGGUUGCAUUGGGAGGAGCUGAAUGUGCAUUUGAUUUCGGUGCUCAUGCUUGGGAUUAUGCAGCUUCAGAAUUCAUUGUGCGUGAAGCUGGUGGUGUCACAUUAGAUCCUUCUGGAGGGAACUUCGAUAUCAUGUCGCGACGUUUAUUGGUGGCAAAUAACAUGGAAAUGGCUAAUCAGCUUGUUGCAGAAAUAGUUCAAUAUUAUCCAUCUCCAAGAGAUGAUGAAUAAAAAAUGUUUAAAAUAUAAAAUAAAAUUAUCUAUAAAACGAGAACAAAAAAUUUUUCUUGCCGAAACCCGGGAUUGAACCGGGGACCUUUAGAUCUUCAGUCUAACGCUCUCCCAACUGAGCUAUUUCGGCACGCUUAUGCUGUAAACCUUGCUGACAAAAGUGUUUUAUAACGUAUAUUUCAUUACAUAAGCUUUAAUGUUUAUAGAUAUUGAUAAUAUGGUUUUAAUGAAAUAAAAUGAAGCCUGAAAUAAUUAAA